AGUUGGUAUAUUUCUCUAAAUUAAAAUAUGUGGGAAAAGCAAGCGCAAUAAAUUUAGUGAAGCGGGCGGUUGCAAGCGUUGAAUAAUAUACGUACCCCUUAUUCGUCUUCUUCGGACCUCAUUCAACAGGACAGCAAUUAACUCUCAUUUCCAUGGCGGAAAAUCAAUCACUCCACUGGCACCGCAGUGACCCCCAAAGCGGCUAUUGCUCACAAACCAGAAUUUACCGCAGCCUCCACCCCGCCAUCCCUCUUCCUCCGCCAUCCGCGCCCCUCUCCAUCUCCUCCUACGCCAUAUCCCUUCUUCACUGCCCCACCACCCCUACCUCCGCCGCCCUCUCCAACACCGCAUUCCUCAUCGAUGCAGACACCGGCCACCGCCUCACUUACUCCGCUUUCCUCCAGCGAGUCAGGUCCCUCUCAUCCUCCCUCAACUCCCUCAUCUCCAAGAACGACGUCGCUUUCAUCAUCUCCCCGCCCUCGUUCCACGUCCCCGUCCUCUACUUCUCUCUCCUCUCUCUCGGCGUGGCCAUCUCGCCGUCCAACCCGCUCUCCUCCCCGUCCGAGCUGGCCCAUCAAAUCCAGCUCAGCAAACCUUCGGUCGCCUUCUCCACCUCAGCAUUCGCCCACAAACUCCCGCCGAAUCUCCGCGUCGUCCUCCUCGAUUCCCCUGAGUUCCUCUCCAUGCUUGAAUCUAGGUCUCCGAUCAGCUCCGCCGCCGCCGCCGUGAACCAGUCGGAUACCGCCGCCGUACUCUAUUCCUCCGGCACCACCGGUAAAGUAAAAGGCGUCGUGUUGACCCACCGCAACUUGAUAGCUGUGAUAACGCAAUUUUAUCACAACGCAAAAGCGAAACGCGGAGACAUGGUCGUUUACGAUCAUCCUGUUUCACUUUUCACGCUGCCGUUGUUCCACGUCUUUGGAUUAUUCAUGAUGAUAAGGGCGGCGUCGAUGGGGGAGAGCCUGGUGCUGAUGGAGAAGUUCGAUUUUGUGAAGAUGCUGGCGGCGGUGGAGAGAUACAGAGUGACUUAUAUGCCGGUGGCGCCGCCGCUCAUCGUUGCGAUGGUGAAGUCGGAUUUGGUAGAUAAGUAUGACUUGAGCUCGCUGCAGGUGCUGGGAUCGGGAGGAGCGCCGCUGGGGGAGGAUGUUGCCGAGCGGUUCAAGGCUAAAUUCCCUCACGUGGGUAUUGUCCAGGGCUAUGGUUUGACUGAGACUGCAGGAGGGAUCACACGUACAACUGAAGCUGAGGAUGUCCAGCGAUAUGGAUCUGUAGGCCGCUUGGCUGAGAACAUGGAAGCCAAGAUAGUUGAUCCUGAGAGUGGGGAGUCCUUACCUCCUGGACAACGUGGAGAGUUAUGGUUACGAGGGCCUGCAGUUAUGAAAGGUUAUGCAGGAGACGAUGCAGCUACAGCUGCAACCUUGGAUUCAGAAGGGUGGUUAAAGACCGGGGAUCUAUGUUAUUUUGACUCUGACGGGUUACUCUACAUUGUUGAUAGGUUGAAAGAAUUGAUAAAAUACAAGGGAUAUCAGGUUCCGCCAGCAGAGCUGGAACAAUUACUUCAGUCAAUUCCUCAAAUUGCUGAUGCAGCAGUGAUCCCAUAUCCCGAUGAAGAAGCAGGCCAGAUUCCUAUGGCCUGUGUUGUGAGAAAACCCGGUACCACCAUUUCUGCAACUCAGAUAAUGGAGUUGAUCGCGAAACAGGUUGCUCCAUAUAAAAAGAUUAGACGAGUUUCAUUUGUGAAUGCAAUCCCAAAAUCUCCAGCAGGAAAGAUCUUGCGGCGGGAGUUGGUUCAUCUUGCUCUCUCCACUUCUUCAUCUAAAUUGUAAAAAUCAAAUACUAUAUCACAUACCUCACAAUUUCCAAACUCUUGUUUCCAAUUGUUCUUUUCUCCCUUGUUGUAAAAGACCAAUAAUUAAAGGCCUGGGUGAAAAUACAAUACUACUUUUUGGUGAAUUUCAUCUUUUCGGAUUUCAGUCACCACCAAAAA